AUGCACUUUUCUUUCGCCAGGGCCAAGUUACUCCGAGGAAAGAAAGUGUUCGGAGACUACGACCUCAAAGUGGAGCAGGCCGAGUUUAAGGAGAUCAAUGUGGUGGCUAACGCUAACGGCAGCUGCAGCGUCAACAUGCAAGUGCUGAGGAACGGCACCAAAGUCAUCAGGUCCUUUAAGCCCGACUUUGUCCUCAUCCGGCAGCACGCCUUCAGCAUGACCCAGAACGAGGACUUCCGAAACAUGAUAAUCGGCCUGCAGUACGGAGGAGUCCCCAGCAUCAACUCCCUGGAGUCCAUCUAUAAUCUUUGUGACAAGCCAUGGGCGUUCGCUCAGCUCAUCAACACUCACAGGAAACUGGGGGCAGAGAAGUUCCCUUUGAUCGAGCAGACAUUCUACCCCAAUUACAAAGAAAUGGUCAGCAUGCCGACAUUCCCUGUGGUGGUGAAGAUCGGACAUGCUCACUCCGGCAUGGGAAAGGUGAAAGUAGACAAUCACAGUAAGUUCCAGGACAUUGCGAGCGUUGUGGCGCUCACCCAAACGUACACCACCGCAGAGCCGCUCAUCGACUCCAAAUAUGACAUCAGAAUCCAGAAGAUCGGCACCGACUACAAAGCAUACAUGAGGACCUCUGUGUCUGGGAACUGGAAAACUAAUACAGGGUCUGCUAUGCUGGAACAGGUGGCUAUGACAGACAGGUACAAGCUUUGGGUCGACACCUGCUCGGAUAUUUUCGGGGGGCUGGAUAUUUGUGCUGUCAAAGCCAUACACGGGAAAGACGGCAAAGAUUACAUCACAGAGUUCGUGGGCUCGUCCAUGCCGCUGGUGGGAGAGCACCAGGCGGAGGACAGGCAGCUCAUCGCAGACCUGGUGCUGGACAAGCUCAUGUCUUUAGCAGAAAAACAAGCCAACGCUCCUCCCAGACCCACCACCGUCCAGCCCACUCAGGGCACUGGCCUAAAAGGGGAGACCGUGGGCGAGCCCCUGAAAGACGGCCAUCCUCCCAACAGCUGCCUGCAGUACAUCCUGGACUGCAACGGCGUGGCGGUGGGACCCAAAGCCGUGCAGGCCAACUGA